AAACGCUCCGGUCGUCUCCUCCACUCAUGACUCACCGCUGUCCGCUGCCUCCACUUCUCCGCUAGAUUCUUACUUUCUCAGGUCGCGUUUUCUUUCCAUCUCUGUCUUCAAAAAUGCCUCUAAAGUUUGAGCUGUGUCCGGGCCGAAUGAUCGGCGGCAACAAUCCGUGUUUCAUCAUAGCUGAGAUCGGACAGAACCACCAGGGAGACAUUGAGAUUGCCAAGAAAAUGAUCAAAAUGGCAAAGGACUGUGGUGCAGAUUGUGCCAAAUUCCAGAAGAGUGAAUUGGAGUACAAAUUCAACAAGCGAGCCUUGGAGCGUCCUUACACCUCCAAACACUCCUGGGGAAAAACUUAUGGUGAACACAAGCGCCACCUGGAGUUCAGCCAUGAGCAGUACAGAGAGCUGCAGAAGUAUGCGGAGGAGGUGGGGAUCUUCUUCACCGCUUCAGGGAUGGAUGAGAUGGCAGUGGAGUUUCUGCAUGAGCUCAAUGUUCCUUUUUUCAAAGUGGGCUCUGGAGACACCAACAACUUCCCUUACCUGGAGAAAACUGCCAAGAAAGGGCGUCCCAUGGUGGUGUCCAGCGGGAUGCAGUCCAUGGAGACCAUGCGUCGCGUCUACAAGACGGUGAAGCAGCACAACGAGAACUUUGCCAUCCUACAGUGCACCAGCGCCUAUCCUCUGGAGGCCGAAGAUGUCAACCUCAGAGUGAUCACGGAGUACCAGAAGGAGUUUCCAGAUAUUCCCAUUGGGUAUUCUGGCCACGAAUCUGGAAUCAGCAUUUCGGUGGGGGCUGUAGCUUUGGGGGCGAAGGUCGUCGAGCGUCACGUAACUUUGGACAAGACGUGGAAAGGAAGCGACCACGAAGCCUCUCUGGUGCCGUCUGAGCUGGCCGAGCUGGUUCGUUCCAUCCGACUGGUGGAGAGGGCGCUGGGCAGUGGCAUCAAGAAGAUGUUACCCUGUGAGAAGCCGUGCCAUGACAAACUGGGAAAGUCGGUGGUGGCCAAGGUGAAGAUCCCCAAAGGAACAGUCCUGACUGUGAGCAUGCUGGCGGUGAAGGUGGCCGAGCCGAUGGGCGUCGCCGCUGAGGACAUCUUCCAGCUGGUCGGUAAAACCGUGACAGAAGAUGUGGAGGAGGACGAGAGCGUCACACCUGAAGUGGUGGAGAGUUACGGCAAGAAGGCGAAGUGCUGAGAGUGGAGGAGAGGUUUGAAACUGGUAAACAAAGGCACUUAAUUUGAGGAGACAUUUAAUUGAUUCCUGUGGGGAUAAUUUAGGAAGAACUCAAGAUGACACACUGAGGAGGGUCGAGAUAAUUUUGCCUGGUACAGCAGAGAUUUCUGAUAUUUAAGCCACAGAUCAUCAGUAAUUUGUUAUGGAAUUCAGCAGUCCUUUUGAGCAUGAUAGCUUAAAUGUUAGUGGUAGCUCAUUCUCGCUCUUAGUUCUUGUUAGCCAAAACAUUUUUACAUUCUCUAAGAGCUGCCUUAACAUAAAAUGCAAACUUUCUGGCAAACCGGCCUGUUGACAAGUCCAGAUGUUCAGUAGUACUUUCAGCUCUGUGGUCAGAAUCAGUGCAGUGAUGACAGAUGUUACUGUGGCCUGAACAUUCCUUACAGUACGAUUUCAACCUGCAGAGAAGAGAUUAAAUGAAUACUGAAUACAUUUAGGUGAAGCUGCUGUUGUUCGUCUCAUCACACAGUAGAGCCUGUUUGUCCAGCAGUUCACCUAAAGUAGUACCAGAAAGGGCUUGUAUUCGUACGACUUCUUUGAGUGAAGCCAAACACAUGCAGUCAAAUCAAACCUUGUCAGAUUCAACUCUAAGAGCGAAUCUGCAUCAGAUUUACUAAACUCUAUGAAUGCCUUAUUUUUGUGGACACGGCCUAAUCUUUUUUGAUCAACUCCUCCCGUCUUAGUUCUGCAACCAACAACAUCCUCUAAUCGUGACUUCUACCUGAAGGACGUUAGUUUACUUGUGUAAAUGUUUAUAUCUGUUCAGAUCUGUGAUGAAGCCUCCAAAUAAAAUUCUGCUCAAAUGUUAA